GUUUGAAAAUUUUCAAAAUAUAAAAAUCCAUGACCAUGUGCUUCUCUUUAUAGUGAUACUUGUUUGGCUUUUAUAUUUUUAUUGCUGAAUCUGAAUACUAAUAAAUAAUCUCAGAUGUUCCCUAAAUUUUAACACUGUUGAAGAAUGUCUGUUUCCAUAGAAUUACUACAUAUUUUGAAUAAUGCACAAGAACCAAUUGAUAGGCGAAUCAGAAUUGCUGAUAAUGCGUUCAAUUCUUCUGAAUUGCCUCCACAGUGUAAAGCUCUAUUGCUGAAAUGGAUUCUGAAAAACGAUGAAAUUGGCACAGAUACCUGGACAAUCCUGAAUGGUUGGGUCAAUUCAGAUUAUUUCAAAGAACUUAGCAGAAAUGAAAUAGAUAAUAAGGAAAUCCAAAAACUAGUUCAACUUUUGGAAAAGAACAUUAUCUCACUAGACUCCCCUGAUAAUGAAUUGAUGGAUGUUAUUUUCAAUACUAUCAUAUUGAUUUUUGAUAACAGAAUAUUUCAGCAGUACUUUAAAAAUGAAGUGGCUUCAUUUUGCUGUUUAUUGAACAAUAUAUUGAUAAAAAUACAUUGUUCACUUGUUCUACUUAAAUGUUUGAAAAGUAAUUUAUUUUAUCAAAGAAAUAUCAUUGUAUGUGACAAUUUUUGUGCAAAUUUUCUUCAAAUAAUUUUACCCACUUUUAUAAAGAUUCUUGAAGAAUUCAAAGAUGAUGAAGUUUUUCUUCAAAUUUCCAGAACAGUACAAAAGUGUGUUUUUUAUAACAAUCAUCGCCACUUUGGGAAUUUCAUCAAUACAUUCUUUGAUGGAACAGUUCAUGAGGAUCAUCCAACAUCCAAAGCAUUGUUUCAAUAUCUCCCAAAUAUAUUAGAAGACAAUCCAUAUCCAGGUGUCCAUUUCAAGCUCUUAUUUCACUCAUUCUCUUCAUCAUAUGACAAUGAUUUUGAGCUAAUCUACAAGUUUCUUAUAAUCUUGCUUUAUUUAAUUGGUUUUGAUAUGAAUAAGAAAAUUGUUUUUCAUCAAUUUGAGGCAUUGGAUACAUAUAAAUCAUCUGUGUUCAUAGAAAAACCACAAGAUGUUGUUCUGGGAUUACUGGAAGUAUUAGGAGAAACCAAAUAUGACUUGAGUUGUAAUGUCAAUACUAUCACUUUAACAACAUACUUGAAUAUGCUUUUAAGUAGUCAUAUAUUCAGGAAUAAACCUUCUAGUAUUAGUUGUUUGAUCAUUUCAAAAAUAAUAAAGAUUGACCCAUUGAUAGUACAGGCAUUGACAGAACAAAUAAUAGUUUAUUCCAUUAUGGCUGAUAUAGAAGAUCACAAAACGGAAUAUGAGGAACUUGUUAUCUUGAUGUUCAGUAUUUAUUCCAAAUUACAUAGAAUAGAAAAUUUGGUAUCCAAAAUAGUUGGAACUUUGAAUGGAUUAGUCAAUGAUGGGACCAUCUGGGAAAAAGAAGAAUACUCAUUUGUAAAAAAAGAGCAGUUAGAAUUAAUUACUGUAAAUAUUUUCACUGAAAAUAUAUUAUCCACAUUUAGUCAGUGUAUCAGGAGUCUUGCAAGUUGGCAAGUUAUAAAUAUCUUCAAAACCCUCCUAUUUUCUUUGAAAAGAGCCCUAGAAGCAGUACAAAACAGUCAAGAAAGUAACUCAAUCUUGUGUAUUAAUAUCCAUAUUUUAAGUGAAUUGACUGGUACUUUUCUAUCCAGCAUUAGAGUUGCUGAGCAUACAGUUACAUCUACAGUUGUGGAAAAAACGGAAAAAUGUCUCCAGGAUUUAGAAGACUUGUUGAAAAAAUUUGCAACCAAUGUUUUGAACAAAGAACAUAAUCAUGUCAUGAUGAGAUCUUUUUUGAAAAUUUCUUUUUAUUGGGCAGAGAUGAAAAUGCUAUUGAAAUAUUACUCAUCUGAUGAAGACAAGAGUAUUGGGACCCCAGACAAUAAUUUUGCUCUAUGCAAUCUAACUUUUUUACAUCCUUAUUUAACUAUUAAACAAUGGUGUUUGAUAUCAGAAAGGAUCAACAAUUUUGGUGAACCAUCUUGUAAACAACUAUUGUACAAGAUGUAUAUUCAAAGAUUGAGAGCCUUACAUCUUUUUACUGGUGGAGUGAAUGACAAUAUAAUAUCGAAUUUGUUGAAAAACAUCAAUACAGAUUUGGACUACUGUUGGAAAUAUAUACUAGAAGACAAAUUUCUUCUCACCAUCCUGUUGCCAAGAAUGGAAGCUUCUUCUGUGAUACUUUUAACUGAGAAGAUGAUAGAUGAUAAAAAUACUUUGAAAGAAUUUCAAAGGAACCAACAUCUCUCUGAUUUUUCCAUUAUUUUGAAUGCUAUUGUAUUCGUGGGGAUUAAGAGGAUUAAUAAAUUGGUUUCUAAAAGGAAAAGAAAACAUAAUGAAGAAAUCAUUAUGAAUAGAUCAAGUACUAGUAUUUGUGAUGCUUUUGAUGAAAAUAUUAUAUUGUGUGGAGAUAAUCAGAACUCUAUUGAAAAAGCUAUGAGAAUUCAUAAUGAGACGUGUGAGAACAGAAAAGAAAUCCAUGAGGAAAUCAAGAUUAACGAGGAAAAACUUUUGAAUCUCUUUGAAAUUCUCGUCACAUAUCCCAUUAUUUUCUGUUCUGAAGAUAUACAGAGAAUGUUCCUAUUGUACUUAUUAUCUCUAUACAAAGAUUUUUCCGUUCAUUUCAGUAGAGGUGAUUAUACAUUGCUUCAAGUGAGACUUGAAAAUAUUAUUAUUGGUAUUUUGCAGCAUUGUAAAUUCAAACUGGCAGACAUUUUCAAAAUGGAGAUAGUUGCCUCUGUUAUAUUGGAUACUUUCAUGAACUGGGAAGAAGCUGUUUCGAACUUAAUUGAAAAUAUGUUGAAACAAAAAGAUUUUCUCACUUCAUGUGAAGCCCUGACUUUGGAAGUAACACAAAAGUUAUAUGAUCCAUCUUAUAUGGAAUGCAGUAUAAUUAUUUUGAAUGCAUUAAACAAGUUGAAAAAAUCCAAGUUGCCCAAAGAAACGAAAAUUACAGGAGAAAAUAUGAAAAAUAAUAUUUGCGACAAAAUUUCUAAAUUGGUUUCAGAGGAAACGCCAAAUGUUACAUUACUCGCAGGUUAUGCAUAUAUUAUGAAAAACUAUUUAUCACAAAAUGAUGAUGAAAAAAUAACUGAGCUGUCGAAUACCCUGGAUUCAUACCUGAAUUUAAUCUUGACAAAUAGAAAUUGUUACGAUAAAUUUGGAUGUUUGUCAUUGUUGAUCACAGUUCUACAGAACAAGUCAAAACUGAAAAACAUCGAUGAUGAUUUUCCCUUGAAAAUAUGGAACGCAUUCAAGGAAGAUGACUCUGUUUAUUCCAGAUUUGAGGAGUACUCCCAAUUGAUUUUGCUGAUAGUUGGGCAUAUCCCAAAUGACCAGUUUCAAGUUUUCAUGUCAGAUUUGUUGAACAUAUCUGAUAAGUUGAUAGCCCAACAAGAUUUCGUUACAUUCGGUAAAAACCUCAAAACCUGGGAAUCAGUUGUGACUACUAAUCUGAAUUCUACGAAAACAAAAGUGUUGCAGGAAUCUUUGGAAGAACUAUUGACCAAAAUAAUGAACAUACUGGAAUCUUCUGAGAAUAAUGAAGCAUUGUUUGAAAAUACGACGAAUCUUCAAAAGUCCAUCAUAAAGGCAAAUCAAUUACAUCUCACUCCUCCUAUGAUUGACAUUCUCAUCUUGAAUUCAACAAUAUUGCUGGACAGGCUAGGCCUUGAUUUUCAAUUUACAAGUAAUCUAUCAAUUUCCAUGUUGUCCAGUCUAUUGAAAUAUCGUAAACCGCUGAUAAUGGAUCGGUUACCUCCAUAUCUCCAGCAAUACAGGAGAAUCUUGAGGAUGCUUUGCAGCCAGAGUAACUCAGAUGCGAAUGCCGACGAACGAGGUGUUAGACGUGUCGCAGACUGUGCUCAUCAACUUGAGAAAUUGACCAAAAGUUUGGUUCUGUGUCAGAAGGAUAUGGGGAGGAUUGCAAUGUAUUUGAUAGUGGAUAUUUUGGAACAGUAUGAGCAGAUCACAUUAUACCCGAAUGUUAAGAUCCAUUUGAAUAAUUGUAUCUACAGUCUUAUUUCGAUCUGUGAUCAACAUGCGGUUUCCUAUUUGAUGCGAGUUUUGUCCACUGCUUCUACCGAAAUAUUCAAAAUGCUGUAUGAAAAUUAUAAGAAAUAUUAUAGAUUCACAGGGAAAGUGUAAGAUUAUACUGGUUUUUAUUAUGU